UUGUUGUUGGAAGAAAAUUACAUAAUGGCGGAGCCUUUUUCUUUCUCCUUAAGUGUAAGCGAGGCCAGUACUGAUAGUGAUCAAGAUUUUGACCCCACAGCUGAAAUGUUGGUAGAUGAUUUUGAUGAUGAACAUACUUUAGAAGAAGAAGAAGCAAUAGAGAGUGCUGAAAGUGUAACAAAUGAACUAGAUGAUUUACAGCGGGAAGGAGAAAUGCCUCUAAAUGAAGUUCUUGCAAUGUACGGCUAUGAAUCUAGUGGGGAAUAUGACGAUAAUAACCAUGGAUCUCAUUAUCAUGAUAGUGAUUCUUCACUUUUAGACUCUGCACAAGAACUCUCAGAAAAUCCCGAAUCUCCACAUUCUGUUGGGAACCAGAUGAUUCCAUCUCAAACUUCUGACAGUUCUACAACUGAUGAAAGAAAAGUAGAUGAUAUUAUGGGGUUUGUUUUUACUGAUGCUCCAGAUGUGCCGAUGGGAUCAUCUAGACCACUUUUAAGAUCUGUACAUCAAGCUAGUGAAUCUUCAGAUACAGGUACUGACUAUGACUAUUCUCCUGAUGAUGAUUGGAGGAAGACAAUUCAAGUGGGUUCAGAUUUUCAAGCUGUAAUUCCCGAAGGUCUUUCAAAAUAUGAUGAUGCACCAGCAUAUGAAAAUGAAGAUCGCUUACUUUGGGAUCCUACAGUAUUGCCAGACCAAGAAGUUGAAGAUUACCUCAGACAGUGUAGGUUGCCUAAACCGGGAAGUGGAGUUAAUACUUUACCAACUGGAAAGCAUGUUAAAGAUGAUGAGCAGGCUCUAUUUUUAUUACUACAGUGCGGGCAUAACAAAGAUGAAGCUUUAAGACGUCGCCGCAUGCAAUCUCUGCCACCGGCAGAUACUAUGAGUUUAUGGUCUGAAGAUGAAUGCAGGAGCUUUGAAACUGGUUUGAAAUCUUAUGGAAAAGAUUUUCAUUUAAUUCAGAUUAAUAAAGUUCGAACGAGAGCUGUUGGUGAGCUUGUGCAGUUUUAUUAUUUAUGGAAAAAGACUGAACGUCAUGAUGUGUUUGCAAGUAAAAAUAGAAUAGAAAAGAAAAAAUAUGCUUUGCACCCUGGAACAACCGAUUAUAUGGACAGAUUUCUGGAGGAACAAGAAAAUCCUACCUGCAUGAGGGAUCGAUCAUCAAGUCCAAAUUCCAGUUUGCCUAUAUUUGAAGAACACAAAAAGAGAACUCCUCUUAAUAGCCCUGAUACUAAUGCUGACAGUUCAACCCCAGAGUUUAGUAUCCAAAGUUUUGACAUUAUGGAUGGUCCAUCUAGCACUAGCACAUUUAGCACUGGUACUGUAAGCACCAGUUUUGAAAGGGAACAUAUAUCAAAUAGAAAUCAAACUAAUAACUGUAAUGAAUAUUGUGGGGAAUAUAUGAAUGGUGAAGAUCGUGUUACUAGCACAACCCCUACAUCUCCAAAUGAAAACCUUAUUUGCUUAAACAUGGAUGCACUAACAGAUGUUAGUGAGAACAUGGCAACUCAGUCUGACUCUAGUAAAAAUAUGCCGAUAAAUCCGCCCAAUGAUGUGGUUAGCUGUUCUCACAUAUUAAGUGAUGUACCUAGAUUUCAUGAAGGGUGCAACUUUAGGUUCGACUAUAAUAAAGAUAGUGUACCUAUUGAAUAG